AUGAGUGAGAGGAGGCGAUCUGCCGCAGCUCUGAGCUCUAGAGCCCACGCUUUUUCCGUGGAAGCCCUGAUCGGCUCCAACAAGAAGAGGAAGCUCCGGGGCUGGGAGGAGAAGGAGCUGGAGUUGUCCAUGGAGAGCCUCGCCACGGACGGAGAGGACCCGGCGCACUGUCUGGAUAUAGACCCGGACUCGGAGGCGAGUCCCGGCUCGGACGGAGAGGGUCUGGCCGAAAGGACGUCGUGCUCCUUCGGCUCACCUGACGACCUGGCCCCCGGCCCCUGCGAACCAUCGCCGCCGUCUUCCAUGGAGGAGAUCCAGGUGGAGCUGCAGUGCGCAGACCUAUGGAAGCGCUUCCAUGACAUCGGCACGGAGAUGAUCAUCACCAAGGCGGGCAGGAGGAUGUUUCCUGCCAUGCGAGUAAAGAUAGCAGGCCUGGACCCUCAUCAGCAGUAUUAUAUCGCCAUGGACAUCGUGCCUGUGGACAACAAGAGAUACAGGUAUGUGUACCACAGCUCCAAGUGGAUGGUGGCGGGAAAUGCCGACUCCCCUGUGCCUCCGCGGGCCUACAUCCACCCGGACUCCCUGGCUUCAGGAGACACCUGGAUGAGGCAGGUGGUCAGUUUCGACAAGCUCAAACUCACCAACAACGAGCUGGACGACCAGGGACAUAUCAUUCUCCACUCCAUGCACAAGUAUCAGCCUCGUGUUCAUGUCAUCAGGAAAGACUUCAGCAGCGAGCUGUCUCCAAACAAGGCAGUGCCCAGCGGCGAGGGAGUCAAGACCUUCAGCUUUCCCGAGACUGUCUUCACCACCGUCACCGCCUACCAGAACCAACAGAUCACCAGACUAAAGAUCGACCGCAACCCAUUCGCCAAAGGCUUCCGGGACUCUGGCAGAAACAGGACUGGCCUGGAGGCGAUCAUGGAGACCUAUGCUUUCUGGAGACCUCCUGUGAGGACCCUCACAUUUGAAGACUUCACCAAUAUGCAGAAACAGCAAGGUGGAAGCACAGGCACUUCUCCCACCACCUCCAGCACAGGAACCCCCUCCCCUUCUGGUGCGGCACACCUCUUGUCUCCCUCCUGCUCCCCUCCGACCUUCCAUCUUGCCCCCAACACCUUUAAUGUGGGCUGCAGGGAAAGUCAGCUCUGCAACCUGGGCCUGUCCGAGUACCCAGCCUGCGCCCGCAGCAACAUGGCGGCCCUGCAGGGCUAUGGCGGCCUGGCCGACAGUUCCUACGGACGCCUCCAGGCUGCGGGGAGUGCUGUGGCCUCUGCUCAGCCCUCUGAAUCCUUCCUGCCACAGAGGACUUCCUCCUUGAUUGCUGCUGGCAUGCAGGGCAGUGCUCAUGCCUCGCUGACCGGCGGCGGUAGCGGCGGUGGCGCUGGGGGCAAGGUGGAUGCCUACAGCGGUCAGCUCGGCUCCUUCCCAGCCUCCCAGCUUCAGUACGUGAUGCAGGCGGGAGGUGGCUCUGGCUCUGCCUCAUCCUCUUCAUCCGGAUCCUCCCCUUCCUCCGCCCACAUGUUCAGCGGGAGCCACCACCACGUGCAGCAGGGCUCCUACAACGCUUUCUCCCUGCACAACCCUUACAACCUGUACGGAUACAACUUCCCCACCUCUCCUCGCUUGGCCGCCAGCCCUGAGAAGCCGCAGGGAGGUUUGCUGUGCUCCUCGUCUCCUGCGGGGGCCUUCGCCGAGCGCCAGUACCUGUCCAAUGGAAGCAUGGACACUAUGCACAUGAUCGGCAACACCACCAGCGGCCAGCAGGGCAGCGGCUCCUGUGACGGACGUCAGUAUGGCUCCUCGUCUCAGAUGUCCAUGCACAUGGUGUAG